AUGGCUGGAUUUCUUGAUAAAGUCAAGCAAGCAGGAAAGAAUGUAGUCGAUGCCGGUGCCAAGCAAAUGCUCAAGACUGAUAUCCUCUUUUUGGACCGUGAAAUCAAGAAUCGCAAGCAAGUCUUUGGAGUUGAGGUUUAUGAUUUGAUGGCCGAGUUGGAGACUGCUGAGAGCAUGUCUGCAGAGGACAAGGAAGCCAAGAUCCGAAAUGCUUUCGACUCUGCGCGAAAGGAUAUUGCUGUCAUUGAAGCAAAGAAGGAAUGCAAGAAGGAGGAAAUGACUGUUCUAGAGGCCGAGAAUGGAGGUGGCAUGGCAACCAACAAUAUCCCUCCUUCAAGUGGUACCGUCCUUAACAACAGUCACCCUGCGGAUGCAGAUAUGGACAAUAUGUAA